CGGUCGAUUUCAAAAUGGCGACCACCACUGCUGUUGUUGGCUUGUUGUGUUUGUUUCCUGUACUUACUCUGAUCGAAUGUAGGUACGAGCCGACCUGGCAGUCCAUAGACUCGAGACCCCUGCCAAGCUGGUAUGACGAGAGUAAGAUUGGCAUCUUCAUUCACUGGGGCGUGUUUUCUGUGCCCAGUUAUGUGGACGAGUGGUUCUGGUAUUAUUGGAAGGGACCCACUCCAGUGAAGAGCGUCGUCAAAUUUAUGGAAGAAAACUACCGUCCUGGUUUCACGUAUGCAGACUUUGCGCCACAGUUCACCGCUGAGUUCUUCAGCCCCUACAAAUGGGCAGACAUCUUCCAGGCGUCAGGGCCCGUUAUAUGUGGUGUUUGUGAGGCAAACAUCAUGAAGGCUUCACCAACUGGCCAUCAAAGGCAUCCUUCAACUGGAACUUCGAUGGAUGUUGGCCCCGGCCAGCGGGACAUAGUGGGUAAGUCUACAGAGCUGCCCUGA